CAGAGCCAAGGUAGAACGUGGCCCCCACUUUUAUAAUCCAAGUCUGCGCGUAAAAUUCAACUCCUCCAGCUCUCCUCCUGCGUCUAGAUCUCCCCCCACAAAUCUCCAAAUUCCAAGCCCUAGCUUAAUCCCUCCAGAGUUUCCACGGCCAUUGCCUCCAAAUUAAGGUUGGUUAUGGUAGGUUGAUUUGGAGAGAGUAGCGGUGUUUAUUUUUUUCUCGAGAAGGUAAUAUGCAGCACGCUUCGGCGACGAUUGAGGACCAGUUGGUACUGAAAGCAAUCAAGGAGGAAUGCCCCUGGGAGAAUCUUCCUAAGCGGGUGCAAUCCACUUUGAAUUCUAAGGAAGAGUGGCACAGAAGGAUAAUUGAGCAUUGUAUAAAGAAGAGAAUCCAAUGGAACACUUGUUUUGCUCGCAAAGUUAUCAAAGAAGGCGAAUAUUAUGAGGAGAUGAUGCGUUACUUGCGAAAGAAUUUAGCACUGUUUCCCUAUCACCUUGCGGAGUAUGUUUGCCGGGUAAUGAGGGUAUCACCUUUCAGAUAUUAUUGCGAUAUGAUUUUUGAAGUCAUGAAAAAUGAGCAACCUUAUGAUAGCAUACCAAACUUUAGUGCUGCAGAUGCCUUGCGUCUUACAGGAAUAGGAAGAAAUGAAUUUAUUGAUAUCAUGAACAAGUGCAGGUCUAAGAAAAUUAUGUGGAAGCUUAACAAGUCAAUUGCAAAAGAUUUAUUACCUACACAACCUGUGGACUUUGUGAUCGAGCCAUGGUGGGGAGUUUGUCUUGUCAACUUCACAUUGGAAGAAUUCAAGAAACUCUCAGAAGAAGAAAUGGCAACAAUUGAUAAAGUUUGUAAGGAGGAAGCAAACGCGUUCAUCCUUUUUGAUCCUGAAAUUGUAAAGGGUCUUUUUAGAAGGGGGUUAAUAUACUUUGAUGUCCCUGUUUAUCCUGAAGAUCGUUUUAAAGUUUCCAGGCUUGAAGGAUUUGUAUCCAACAGGGAGCAGUCAUAUGAAGAUCCUAUUGAAGAGUUGCUGUAUGCUGUGUUUGUAGUUUCAAGUGAGAAUUCAACUGUGGCUGAGUUGGCAGCCACCUUACAGACUGAUCUUUCUCAGCUGCAGGCCGCUGCAUCAUUUGCUUGUCGAUUAGGUUGGGCAGUAAAACUAAUUGAUCCAGCAUCGGCUCUUCAUGAGUCAACCGCACCUGGCAUUCCCAACAUUAACCUCAGUGAUGAAGAAGAUGGUUCUCAUGCUAAUGUGAGCUCAUUGAACACGUCUAUUGAUGGGAGUUCUCUUCAGCAAGGAGAUCUUUUUGGAGCAGAAAAUUAUGGGCCAACUUCUGCCUACACGCGUGUUGCUUUUGUCGUUGAUGCUAAUAUAACAUCUUAUCUUAUGAUGGGAUCUGUUUCACCAGGCUUGAAAUCUCAUGCAGUAACAUUGUAUGAGGCAGGAAAAUUAGGUCACACAAGCAUUUCAGAUCUUUGCAAGGAUUUGAGUUCUUUAGAGGGAACAAAAUUCGAGGGGGAACUGCAGGAAUUUGCCAAUCAUGCAUUUAGUCUCCGUUGUGUUCUAGAGUGCUUGACAGCCGGUGGAAUUGCUACUGAUGAAAGAGUCGAAGAUGGUUGUGAAACGAAAAUCAUGAUAUCAUCAAGCAAUGAGGAUCCCACUGCUUUGACAGCUGAUGGUGCUUCGAACGAAGCUACUCUAUGUAGUGACGAUUCUGUACAUUCAGGAAAUGGUGAAGAAGGUUCUGUUCACACUGAGCCUAUGACCGGAAGUAUUGAUAAUCAGAUGGUUUCUGUAACUAUGUCCAGCGAAGAAAAUUUCCUUGAGCAGGAUUCUAAAUCAGAUCCUAGUCUCCAAAAUGAUGAGAUUUUAGAAUCUGCUGAAGUUUUGGAUGUUGAGAAAGGUCUUUCAAAAAGGAAAAUAAAAUAUCGUGUUGAUAUUCUCCGAUGUGAAAGCUUGGCGGCUCUUUCGCCGGCAACACUAGACCGGCUGUUUCUUCGCGACUAUGAUAUUGUUGUAUCCAUGGUCCCACUUCCUCAUUCUUCAGUUCUACCUGGACCAAAAGGUCCCAUUCAUUUUGGUCCGCCUUGUCAUUCGUCUAUGGCACCUUGGAUGAAGUUGGUACUGUAUUCAGCUGUAGAUAGCGGACCAUUAUCGGUUGUUCUGAUGAAAGGCCAGUGUUUACGCUUGCUUCCUGCACCGUUGGCUGGUUGCGAGAAAGCGUUUAUUUGGUCUUGGGAUGGGUCUACGAUUGGAGGGUUGGGAGGAAAGUUCGAAGGCAAUUUAGUUAAAGGAAGUAUACUUCUGCAUUGUUUAAAUUCACUUCUCAAACAUUCAGCUGUUCUUGUGCAGCCCCUUAGCAGGUAUGACCUUGAUGAGCGUGGAAGAACAGUAACUAUAGAUAUUCCAUUGCCUUUGAAGAAUUCAGAUGGUUCAAUUGUUUGCAUCAGUGAGGAAUUGGGUCUAUGCACAGAGGAGAGUUCAAAUUUAAACUCUCUGUUAACUGUGCUGGCGAAUAAGAUAAAUUUAUGGACAAUUGGCUAUAUUCGCUUAUUAAAACUAUUCAAGGAAAGAGAGUCGGAUCAAUUUUCACCAGAUGAUGAGAAGUAUGAAUGGGUCCCAUUAAGUGUGGAAUUCGGGAUUCCACUAUUUAGUCCAAAGUUAUGCAACAGCAUAUGUAAAAGAGUAGUUUCCUCACAAUUACUCCAAAGUGAUUUGCUCAUUGGACAUCGUGAUUCAAUGCAAGACUUGAGGAAAAGAUUGCGGGACAUUUGUGCCGAGUAUCAAGCAACCGGUCCAGCUGCAAGAUUUCUUUACCAAAGGGAGCAACCAAAGGAUUCAUCUCGUCAACUUAUGAACUAUGCAAGUGGAAGGUGGAAUCCUCUUGUGGACCCUUCUUCUCCCAUUUCUGGAGCCUUGAGUGAGCAUCAGAGAUUGAAACUAGCUAAUCGACAACGUUGCCGCACCGAAGUUUUGAGCUUCGAUGGGAACAUUCUAAGAUCAUAUGCUCUUACUCCUGUGUAUGAGGCUGCUACAAGGCCCAUUGAUGAAUCUGCUCCAGUCAGUACUGGAAAAGUUGAAUUAGAUGAUGCAGACAGCCAAGAAGUAAUCCUUCCUGGUCUUAAUCUACUCUUUGAUGGGUCUGAGUUGCGCCCGUUCGACAUAGGUGCAUGUCUACAGGCUCGCCAACCAGUUUCUUUAAUAGCAGAGGCUUCUGCUCUAUCUUCUGCAAUUCAAUAGGUUUGUGAGAUACAGUUAAAAUACUAGUAUAUUGGGAGUUUACCCCGUAUAGUCUUCAUUGUUGCUGAUUUGAUGAUUCUGCUUCAACUGUGAGGUCUGACAUCUUGCACAAGCUGAGGGUGAUGUUCAUGGUAAUUGGUGUGGCGCUUCGAGUCUGUCAAGCUAUGUGGAAGACCAACCACAAAAAAGGGCACCAGUGGAAAAACAAAGGGAAUGUCGUUAUUCGUAGUAAUAAGUCCGCUAAUGAUUUGGUGACAUUGCCCCCGUGAUCCAAUGGUAACCCCACCAGGGAAAAGUUUGUUCAACGAUUGCACAUAUGUAUGAUGAAAGUGAAUCAAGUUUAUUUGAAGUGACUCACUUUGUCUUUGCAAAAAAUAUAUUUAGGCAAAUGAAGACUGUGUGCUAAGAAAAUGGUCCUCUUGGAGGGGCUCCAUUUCACUUCUUACGACAAUGAGCAUCCGGCAGUCUUUGCAACUCCAAAAUGUUAAGAGAGAGAAUCUGGUGAAAGAAUUUUUGUCUCCUCAAUUUAGUUUAUUGAUGUUUUCCCCUGCAAAUUUUCAUGCAGAGUCAA